AUGCUCCGCAAUGGCACAGGGGACAAUACAGUCCCGAGCGUGCAGCCUGGGGCGGAUGUUACAAGCCCUGGGCCAGUGCAGGCUGCAGGGGGAUCAUUGGAUGGUCCUACAACCAGCAGUGUGGAUCCGCAAGGAGUGUACGACUCCGGAAGUGGCGCGGUUGAUGUGGACCUUGGUGGGUCAGCAGUGGCUGGUGCUACAAGGCAAGCGACCCCACCCAGACGGCAAGAUCCUGCGGCCACCGCUUCGGCUGUGGAGACUGAGCAGACCCAGCAGCAGACCGUGCAACUGAAUGCAGCGAUGACUGGCGAGGCUGUCAGAAGACAGGAAGCGGAAACGGCGCGAGGACGGACGCAUGUUGUUCUCUGCCUAUAUGUCUGGAAGGGAUCCGGCGGCGCCGAGUCCUUUGGCUGCGAGCGUCACCUCUCCUACGGGCGGUGGAGCGUUUUCUUUGAGGCUAUUCAGGCUGAAGUACAGAGGCAGAUGUCUGGACUCUUGGCAAAAUUGCAAGAGUCGGAAAGCCGCAACGCUGAGCUAGAACUGCAGUUGGAGGAGGAGACCAAGGCCGCAGUGACCUUCCAGGAGAUCUAUGGGGUGAUCCAGCUGGAGACUAUGGAGGUGAUCACGGAGGGACUACAUCACUGGCUCCGCUACCAGAACUACGAAGCAGAAUCAUCCCUUCAGUUCCAGGACUGGCUAGAGAUAGCUAGCACGAGUAUGUCGGAUGUGAGUGAGCAAUCUGGAAAGUGGUGGCGGGCAAUGAUGAGCCUAGUUGAGGCAGCUUAUGCCCGGUGGCUGGCAGCAACACCUAUAGAGCGCUUGGCCAUACAGCCGGAAGGGACCGCAGCGCUAUGUGAGGGACAAUGGCUGCGACUGAACGCCCGCGCAUCCUCAAUGCUCCUCAACGUGAUGACCGAUGAGCUGCAGGCCGACAUGCUUAGCCAGCGCGCCUCCCAAGACACAGGCAAGAUCAUAUUUCGUCUAUAUACGUGGUAUCAACCAGGGGGCUCUGCAGAACGACAAGAGGUUCUUAGACGACUUCAGAUGCCAUCGGAUUUCCUCAAGGGUGAGUCUGUGUCUGAGGUGCUCAAGGUGCUGAGAUCGUGGCCAAGAUGGUUGAAUAGAUGUUACAGUAUGGGCAUGACGGCACCAGACCCAACAGUGAUGGCAAGGGGGCUGAUGAGUUUGACUACAAAGACGAUAGCCCUCUCCCCCGAUGCAGCGUUCCGCACGGCCAUGCUCAGGACCUCACUCCGUCUCGACGGGCAGCCUUCGCUGGAGCAGGUUGGGGCCUACCAAAGACACUUGCAAGCAGAGCUGGAAGGACUAGCUGCAGGACUAACGACAGCGGCUGUGGUACCUAGAGUUCAAGCAGUUGAGGUAGCAGCCCCGAAGCCCGAGAAGGAAGGCAAUAAGACGAGCGCGGAGGUCUGCAGAUAUUUCCUGAAGCCGAGCGGAUGCAAACGCGGCGAGAAGUGCAAGUAUGCACACUCCAUGCAGAUCUACGCCGACUUCGGGAUCUUCGCGGGAGCAGCGGCCCAAGUACCAGCAGCGCGAGCCAGAAGUAGCUUCUUUCAGCACAGCGGCAACAGCGGGCUCGACCAUGGGAUCAUCGGUUUCUACAGCGUCUACGCAGCAAGGUGUGCCGUGGACCUUGGAGGCGACUCCUCACCCGAGAAAACGAAGCCCGAGCUCCGCAUGAUGAUCAUCAAGGACAUCCGCGUGGGAGCGGCCAACACAGCAGCGGCAUUGCUGGAUUCUGGAGCAACCCAGUGCCUUCGGAGUGCACGAGACAAUGAUGAGUGGAGCCCGGCGGCUGAAGUGAUGGUCCAGUUGGCUGGCACAAGCAAACUGAUGAUGCGGAUCAAUGACGCGGGCUCAUUGCUAAUGCCGCCGAGCAACCCCAGUGAGACCGUGACAGCCAGUGGACAAACAAUAGUUCCCUUAGGGGAGUUGGUGUCUACACUUGGCUACUCGCUGGAGUGGACUCCUACGCAUUGCCUCCUGAAGGACCCCGAUGGGAUGGUCACGAGAUUGAAGGUUCGAGGAGGGUGUCCACAACUAUGUGAACUGGAGGCCUUGUCUAUGAUUUCCCGGAUUGAGGAUCGCCGCAGGGAAAGCCUUGAGAACAUCACGCAGGAGACGGAGGAUCUCCUUACAACGGCGGCGCUUCAGAUGGACAAGUCUUGGAAGGAGCACCUGCAGGACUAUGUGGCGACAGGGGACAUGGGUGCUGGACUAAGAGGACUUCGUGAAGCACCAUAUCUACAAGGACUUCCGGGAGAUUGUUUGAGUGGACUACUGGAGCCGAACCUAAAAGAAGAAGGAUGGAAGGCGUUGAAGGGGGUGGACUUCCUAUCCCGCCCUCAGAGAAGGAGGUUGUGGACGGCAAAGCGGUGGAUGGUUCAUCUCUUCGCGGGAAACCCAGGACAUUACCAGAUGUUCCAAGUGGAUGAGGGGGACACCGUGCUGAUUGAGCUCGAUGUGGACCGGUGUAGGGGCCAGGAUAUCAUGAGGAGUCCUACGUGGAGGUUUUUGUUGUGGGGCGCGAUGAUGGGAAAGCUGGACGGAGUCGUGGGAGGACCACCAGGACGAGGAGGAGUACUACAGCAUGGCGAAGUUCCGAAGGGAGCCGACGUGAAGGUGAUGAGCGUGUUGGCGAGGAUGAUGUGGCUCUACUCGAUUGCGGAGGCUGCAAGAGCAGUGAAGACAGCGGGGCCCAACUACCAGAGGCCAGUGGCAUUCGCGUUGGAACACCCGGCGGCUACGCCAGUGAUAUCCUCUACGGCUAGCUUAACUACCAACUCGCCACCAAGAGCGGCGAGAUCCUUGUGGACUACUACCAUGUGGGAAGCGUUCCAGGAAGCAUACCAGAUGAAGCAGGUGACGUUUGAUCAAAAGUGCAUGGGUUCACCGAGUUCCAUACCUACGACAAUCGGCACCAACGUUUACUACUUGAUGGGCUUGGAUGGAAUGCAUGCCGAGGACAGCGAGCAAGCUACAAGGGCGAUGGGAUCAGGAGUAUGGGCGCCAGGAACCGCCGAGACUCCUGGCAUUCUCCCCUGCGCAGUGGAAG